UCCCAGAAUCACUGUGUUGUCAGAAGCAUCAACUUUGAAAAGACAUUGCUGUGGAAUUCAGAUUGUAGGUUACUUCCUUGUUGAGAUGAAAGCUUUAUUGCAUCAGAAACCAUAAAGCUUGUGCAAGGAUUCUUGUGAAUUAAAUCUCUGGUGUGUUAAGUUUGAUCGUUUGACUGUAAAUAUAAGAUGCAUGCAGAGUUCACAUGUUUUGGGAUUCUGCAUUGAGCCAUGUGAGGGUGGAGGGGAGCAUCAACUGAGCCUUACUUAUCAAGUUGCACAGUGCACAAAAAAUAUACCAGAUAUAUAUAACAGAUUAAUAAAAAUACUCAAAUUUCACUCCCUGAAACUGAAGCAUAAACUUCUGGGAUGAUCUGUACCAUGCAGUAGACAUACUACUAGUCUGAUGAUUCCAUUAAAAUACAAAAAAACACAUUAGCACAAACAUGAUAAGAGCAGCUGAGUGACUCCAACUCCCAUUUGUGCGGAACAGCAGACAGCAGUUGGCUACUACUGCCUAAAGUCAUAUUCAUAGCGUCUAGGCUGUAAUCUUAAUUUUUAAUGCUGUAAAGUUGGGCGUUAACUAAAACCUUGACUUUAAAUUUACAGAACGUGGUUUUUUGAUCAUUCCUUUCAGAUGUAUAACUCUGUCUGUAGCUAUUAAACGUGGCUGGUUAGUCUUAAUCACUAAACGCCUCGUGUCUCAUAUUUGAUACAUGACUUUUGAGUUUCCUACAUCAUCAGUGUGAUUUUUCCCCCAGAUAUUGCAAAUAUUUUACAAAUUUACACUCACAUAUUUAGUCAUUUUUUUGUCAGGAGAUUCAACAGCCAAUCAAUUUGGGGGAAAAAAAAGAAUGUUCUGAUUAAACUUACUAUUUGAAUAUAUAUCCACGUUUUUCUUGCAGUUUACAGCAGCUCUGGUUUGGGGCUUUUCGUUCAGCCACAGUUCAUUAGGUCCUCUUAAAGCUUCUCUUCCUGCGGCCCCUCCUCAUUCGCUAGCAUGACGCUGGCUCCGCACUCACACAUACCUCCCUCCUCUCUCUGUGUUUCCUCUUGAAAAAAAGGGAUUAUUAAAUUCUGCCUUUCAGCCGUAUCAAUCACCUUUUUGAAACUUGCUGCUGUGAGAUGACAGCUGGAAGAAGUGACAUACGGAUUGUGAGCGCCGCUUCUGACAGGGCCUGCUCCUCUGGCCUGGCCUGGGUGUGCAUGGCAAGACUUGUCUGACAAUAGCAACGCCGACUUAAAUCUUGUGGGUUUAAGAGAAGCUGAGCUCCUUCGGCAAUGCCACAGCCCAGUCUCCGAUGAGAGGAUGAGAACCUACACCCGCGGGGCGCCCACUGUCUUCUUCAUAAGUCUUCUGUGGCCCCUGCUCUCUCUGGCAGCUGUAGCCGAGGUGGACCCCAGCGGAGGAAUCCCCUUCAUGGGGGGCAACUACAAUGGUCAUCCCAUGCUGUACUUCAGCCGUGGGGAUGUGGAACAGCUGCAGUACGCAGCUGCAGGGACUCACCAAGAGAUGGCGAGACGAAUCCGUGAGGCCGGGGAGACCAUGUUAGAGCACCCCGAGGAGUACCUGCCCCCCUGGAGCCCGGCCGAGUUCAGCGCCCGCUGGAAUGAGGUUUAUGGAAACAACCUGGGCGUCCUGUCCAUGUUCUGCCUGCUGUACCCACACAGGGCCGGGGCCCUCGAUCUGGUCAAGGACUACAUGGAGAGGAUGGCAGCCCAGCCUAGUUGGCUUGUUAAAGAUGCUCCCUGGGAUGAAGUUCCUCUUGCACACUCUUUAGUUGGAUUUGCCACUGCCUACGACUUCCUGUAUGAGUACUUGAACAAGGGCCAGCAGGAACGUUUCCUGCAGGUGAUCGGCAACGCAUCACGCCUGAUGUAUGAGAAGUCCUACGUCCGAGGGUGGGGGUUUCAGUACCUACACAACCAUCAGCCUACCAACUGUGUGGCUCUGCUCACAGGAAGUCUGGUUUACAUGAUGCAGGGUUACCUUCAGGAGGCCUACCUGUGGACCAAGCAAGUCCUGUCCAUCAUGGAGAAGUCCAUGGUUCUCCUGCAGGAUGUGACCGACGGUUCCCUGUAUGAAGGAGUAGCAUAUGGGACUUACACCACCCGCUCUCUCUUCCAGUACAUGUUCCUGGUGCAACGGCACUUUGGCAUCGGCCACUUCGACCACUCUUGGCUACUUAAACACUUUGCCUUUCUGUACAGGACCAUCCUGCCCGGAUUUCAGCGAACUGUAGCAAUUGCAGAUUCCAACUAUAACUGGUUCUACGGGCCAGAGAGCCAGCUGGUAUUUUUGGACCGCUAUGUGUUGCGUAAUGGCAGUGGAAACUGGCUGGCAGAUCUAAUUCAUCAGAACAGGGUAAUGGAAGGGCCGGGGCAAGCUGGAAAAGGCCAGCGAUGGUGUACUCUCCAUACAGAGUUCAUUUGGUAUGACCCAGGCCUGGUCCCCAAACCCCCAUCAGAUUUUGGAACACCCAAGCUCCACUACUUUGAGGACUGGGGAGUGGUAACAUAUGGAAGCGCUUUACCCGUCAAAGCCAACAGCUCUUUUCUGUCCUUCAAGUCAGGGAAGCUGGGGGGACGUGCCAUCUUCGACAUCGUUCAUAAGAACAAGUACAAAGAGUGGAUUAAAGGGUGGAGGAACUUUAAUGCCGGCCACGAACACCCUGAUCAGAACUCUUUCACGUUUGCGCCCAACGGUGUCCCGUUCAUCACUGAGGCACUCUAUGGACCAAAGUAUACCUUGUUGAACAAUGCGGUUUUGUUUAGCUCAGCCUUCUCAGGGAGUUGCUUUAAGCCAUGGGCUGGACAGGUUACAGAAGCCUGUGAUUCCAAGUGGUUAAAGUACAAGGUGGGGCCAGCUGCUGAUGCUCAGGGGAGAGUGGAAGCUGCUAUAGAGAGGAAGGGCAUGAUCUUUAUCCGAGGAGAAGGAAGUUCUGCUUACAAUCCAGAACUGAAGAUCAGGAAUGUCCAGAGGAACCUGCUCCUUCUUCAUCCACAGCUCCUGCUUGUUGUCGACCACAUCCACCUGGAUCCUGACAGCCCUGUCCGUGCCAUGAGUGCCUUCUUUCACAACACAGAGCUGCCAUUCCAAGGUACAAAGGUAGAUGGUGUUCAUGGAGCGUUUAUAUCACACGGGGAGGAUAAAUAUAAGAUGUUCUGGAUGGACGACACAAACUACAGUAACAAAGGGGUGGUAGGGUACUGGAAUUACCCUCGAGGAUACCCUUAUAAUGGCUCCAACUAUGUGAAUGUCACAAUGCCAUUGAGGUACCCUCACACUAGGAUGGCCUACAUUUUCUUUGGACCAGGUGUGGAUGUGCAGAGCUUUAGCCUGCGUGGGGAUAAUGAGAGGGUCGAUAUCUACCUGGCCACCAAGAAACACAUCUACACAAUUUACCUGUUGACUGCAGAGGUCACCAGCAAGCCACUUUUUGCCAUGGUGCUAUUGGACAACAAGAAGAUCGUAUUUGAGAAGGAAGCAGCUGAGGUUAGCAGCUUUCCGGAGGAAGUGGAGGAAUACGUCAGCCUAAUGGAGGACAACCUCCAACACGUCAAGCCCGUCUUCCAGCAGAUGGAGAGGCACAUCCUUGGACGGGUCCUCAACACCGUCAGCUUCCGAAAGACAGCAGAGCGCCUCCUCCAGUUCACUGACAAGAAGAAGACGGAGGAAGCCAUUGAGAAGAUGUUCGCUAUGUCCAGAAAACAGAGCAAAGGUAAGGGGGGGAAGAGAGUGAACCUCGGAGAUAAGCUCUCAGAGACUCUACCUGACAUUUUUGCACAGAUUGAGGUGAACGAAAAGAAAGAGAGACAGAGAACUUCAAAGCGCACAUAUGAUGACAGUCCAGAAGAGGGCGAUGCAGAUACGCGGGCCUUUGUGGAUUACGCAGACAGCCGCAAGAACAGAAAGGGGGGCUUUUUCAAGGGUCGCAAAUUCAAGGAAGUUCACAUGGUCGCCACAGCAGGAAGCGACAGUUUACCCAGCACGGCUUCCUACAUACGCCUGUUCCUCCUCCUGAACAUGGCCACCUUCUUUUUAAUGCUGGCUGUACUGCUGACUGGCUUUAAGAGGGGUCGGAGUCUGUACACACAGAGAUGUUUCUACAGCAUCCUUCUGAUCGACUGCUUCAUCCUGCUGUACCUGUACUCCUCCUGCUCUCACACGCAGUGCUGACAUCACGAGUGUACUGAGCACGCCAGCUGAUCCGUGUGCAGUUUGAAUGACCUCACACCUCACUCUGAGCCAGGUCUUAUGACAGGAUAGUAAGGCCACUGUUCCAUAAAACAGAACUGAGAUUUCAAGAAAAAAAUGGGAAAAAGGUGGAAGGUUCAAAGAUUAAUUUUACAAGAAAAGUGUUGAUGGUGUGAGACAAAGUUAAAUCACAAAUCCAGCUUCCAUCACAUAGUAUGAGCAUCUUGUAACAUUACAGAUGGUAUCAGUCAGGCAAGUUUUGCUCCUAAUCUCAUGAUUUGUAGCCAAGAAUGAAAUCAUGGUACAAACAUUGACCAUAACAUCUUCUCGUACUGCAAUACCCACAUGGAGCUGUAAACGCCAAGUUAAAGAGUGCUAGGCUGAUGAAAGCUGUAAUGAUGUCAGACUGCUCAGGUAAAUAAUGAACUUGAAAUACAGAAUCAGAAUAAUAGAUAGUUUGUUUGUGGUGUGUUUAUUUUUCAUUUCAAGCACAAAGAGAAAGCAGCAUAUAUGUGCCAGUGGGAGGGCACUAAAGGUAUCCAUGGUGUAUUUUCAGCUCCUCCCUUAUUUCCACAGUGGAUGAAUCCAUGUUUUGAUUAGGCACAGAAUUUAUACCAGAUUUUACUCUUAUUUUCUCAUUUUUAUAUGUAUAAAAAACAGUAAAUGGUAAUGUUAGAUAAUUAAUUUGCAUGAGCUAAUUUAAUGUUUGUUGCUUUUGUCUGAGAAACAUUCCCUGACUCAGGAUUGGCAGAGAGUCAGCUUUGUGAAACACUGGCAGAAACUUUAAACCCCGCCCCCACCCAC